AUGUCCAACAUCGUUGGUAUUGAGUACAAUCGUGUAACUAACACCACCUCGACCGACUUUCCCGGUCAUAGUUCCAACGAGGAUCAUUCGUGGGACAUCGAAAAGUUCAAAGAUAACUUUGAAAUCAACAUUUCUCACUUGACUGAGAGAACCGCCAACUUCGAUUUGAUCAACAUUGACACUUCCGUGGCUAAUGCUUUCCGCCGUAUUAUGAUAUCGGAGGUCCCCUCUGUUGCGGCUGAGUCGGUGUAUAUUUUUAACAACACUUCGGUGAUCCAAGAUGAAGUUUUGGCUCAUAGAAUUGGACUCAUUCCUUUGAAGGUUGACCCCGAUUUGUUGUCAUGGGUCGACCCUGCUCAAGACGAGAAAGAGAAGUUUACCGACGAGAAUACCAUUGUGUUGUCGUUGGACAUUGCAUGUACCAAGAAUCCUCAUCCACCUGCUGGUUCUACAGACCCUAAAGAUUUGUACAGAAACGCCCAUGUCUAUGCCAGAGAUUUGAAAUUCGAGCCACAAGGACGUCAAGUUGACUUGUUCAAAAACAACCCAGUAGUACCAACGGAUCCAGAUAUUUUGAUUGCAAAGUUACGGCCUGGACAAGAAAUUUCUUUGAGGGCUCAUUGUAUAUUAGGAAUUGGCAGUGAUCAUGCCAAAUUCUCCCCCGUUUCUACUGCUUCAUACAGAUUGAUGUCAGACAUCAAAAUCACCGAGCCUAUAACCGGUGAACUGGCCAAAAGGUUCCAAAAAUGCUUCCCAUCGGGUGUUAUUGGCAUAGAAAAUGACACUGCAUUCGUAAAGGAUGCUCGUAAAGAUACUGUUUCUCGAGAAGUUUUGAGACAUGAAGAGUUUAAUGGCAAGGUCAAGUUGGGCCGAAUCAGAGACCACUUCAUUUUCAAUGUGGAAUCUACUGGAGCCAUGCCUCCGGAAGAAAUCUUCUUCAAGUCGGUGAGAGUGUUGAAGAACAAGGCUGACUACUUGCGCAACUGUCCUAUUGGACAAUAA